UUGCGCUUUAAUUGGACUUGCACGUGGCGGCGAUGCCCGCGGCAUAUGUCGACGAAGGGUGCUCGAACGCACACCACGACGUGACCAUCGACGACUUCGAUGGCACCAAGCCGCUCACCAGUCCCCGCUCCAUUGAGGCUUGCUAUGCGGUCGGCAUCACGCCGGACGAGUUGAUGCCGCGAACGGUGGCGUCGUUUGCGUCCCCCAAAGAAGACCUGAGUUUCACCAUGAAGCGGGCCGAGCGCUUUGAGCAACGCCGGGUGACGUUGCUUGACCAAGUGCGCGUGGCUCGUCAACGCCAACACCUCGACCAAUCGGCGGCCUCGUCCGUCGUGGACUAUCACCUUCCCACACGACCAAGAUCGUCCCCGACCAAAGGGCGAAGAAGCCCCCCUCGGUCUCCAUCCGGCAAACCCACUACGGCGACAGGCAACGACAUCGACAGCACGGUUGUCGAAACCGAACGCCGCCGCCUCGAGAAGAUCCAAGCGCGGCAGCUGGCUGAGAUGCACCAAAUGAUCAACUGGGAAAUCAAACAGGCCGAAUUGAGUGCAAAGCAGGCCGACGAGAUGGCCGAGCGCAAGCGGCAAGAAGAUGCAGCGGAGCGGGACAAGGCAAGGCGGCUGCGGGAGGCUGAGGCCGCGCGGCGUCAGCGCGAGCUCGACAAGCGCCAAAAACAAUGGGACGAAGUGGCGGCGGCGCGGACGGCGGCGUUGGCAGACUACGCCGAAGCGAAACAACGAAAAGAGCUCGACGACCAGGCCAAGCUUGCGUGGAAGGCAGAGUUGGUGCAGCGAGAGCGCGAUCGUGUGCAAAAGGCCGACGAGCACAAGCAGCAAACGCAGAGCAUUUUGCACGAGUUGGAGGCUCAAGCGCUAAAACGAAUGGACGACAUGGCACGCCGGGACAAGGCGCGGAAGGAUAAACUGGACCGCCGGCGACACGAGAAAAUGAUCGAGAUGAUGGAAAGGACCCAGAGGAACAAGCAGCGCAUCGUGCAUGUCCUGCAUGACAAGGAUCGAUUGAGUCAAAUGCGGCGGGACGCGUAUAUGCAGCGCCAGGCCGACAGCGAAGCCCGGCGCCUUCGACUGGAAGCAGAGCUCGCGGUGAGGCGGCAAGACCAGGCCAGAGUCGAUGCCGAGCGAAAGGAAGCGGAAAUCGCAAUUCGAGAACACCACAAGCAGCUCGAGACUGACCGCCGGGAGCGGUUGCUUGAGGCCGAGCGCGACGCUGAGCUGCGGCUGCAAAUCCGGACGCAGCAGAAGGACGCGCAGCGGCAGCGGCGGCUGGAGGACGAACAUGCAAAGAACAUGGAGAGGGCCCGGGUGGCUCAGCGUAUGCGCGACUCGGAGGUCAACCGACAGAGCCAAAUCUUGUCCAAGUCCCAGUCCAAGGGCCAGCGCGCCGAGAUGGUCCAACACAAGCGCAAGAUGGAAAUGCGGGCCAAGUGGGAAGAGGCCAAGCUGCGGGAGGAGGCGAUUCAAGACGCGCUGCAGCGGAAAGCUCGUCGCGAUGACUACCACAAGAGCUUGCUCUUGUCGAAAUUGGACGGGGAUCAAGCGAGGACGGAUGCAAUCAAAUGGCAAAAGGAAUUGAUUUUACAGCAACGUCGACGGGUGAAACAGCAAGCAGAUAUUCAACGCCAGGAUAUUCUAAACAGCUUUUACAAAAUGAAGAUUACCAAGAAAUUUAACCUCCAAGCCGUGGAAAGUAUCUUGUCAACCACGUCACAGAAGUCGAUAUCCGGAGGCAGCCCCUUAGCCAACCCACUGACCAGCCAUCGGCCCAAAACUGCGCCAAAGGGGGCAAGACGUCCCACCACGCCUCAUAAAUGCUCACGGGUCAUCAGUCGGCGCAUCUCACGAUACCCGUCCGACAAGGACAUGGCACAAUCUACAUCGAACGAGUCUCCAGCUCAAGAACCCGACGUGAUGCACAAGCAACCGACGACGACGACGCUGGACGAACAAGUGGCCAUAUACCGGCGGCGGCAGAACCAACAGCUUCUCCAUGUACUCGAAGAAGAGCAAGCGGCGGAAGAGCAGCGCGAUGUGAUUCUGCGGCGAGCUACAGACACGAACGAGCGAUCUCGGCUGGAAAAAAUCUUUGGCUUCGAGCGCGCCCAAGCCAGCGACCGCAUCAUACGACUCACGGAAGAGCAUGAGAUCAUGUUCCAUCAGCACAUGACGGAGCUUGGGCAGGCUGCCAGCAUGUAAAUAAACCAAAGAAGGAGAGUAUCAUCACACUGUUGAAAUGUCGUCGAGACGGCCGUGGUCCGUAGCGCGGAAGGCGCGGGUGUGGCUACAGACUGAAUUAAUAUGGAGCCAAACGAAGUAUAAGAAAAUGGAGGUUCCAAG